CUUGGAGCUGGAGAGCGGCGUUCCCGUGAGCCCGCGGGCGCGCGGGGACUACAACUCCCGGCAUGCUCCGAGGCCGCCGGAGUUAACCCUUUAGCGCCGGCGGCCGCUCUGCGCCCGCCUCCGCCCCUUACCUGGACCCUGCAGGAGAUGGGUGCCCCCAUCGGCACACUGUCCUUUGGCCACCGGACAUCAUGCCUCCCAAGAAGGAUAUUCCUGUGAAGAAACCAGCGGGGCCCCCUAUCUCCAAGCCUGCUGCCAAGCCAGCAGCACCAGGGGCCCCUCCAGCCAAGCCUAAGCCUGAGCCAGCUCCAGCUGUCCCUCCAGUUAUUCCUCCAGCUGUCCCUCCGGCCCCUCAGAAAACCCAGGAGCCCCCCAUCGAUCUCUCCAAAGUGGUGAUCGAGUUUAACAAGGACCAGCUCGAGGAGUUCAAAGAAGCCUUUGAGCUGUAUGACCGAGUAGGGGAUGGCAAGAUCCAGUUCAGCCAAUGUGGGGAUGUGAUGAGGGCCCUGGGCCAGAACCCCACCAACGCCGAGGUGCUCAAGGUCAUGGGGUACCCCAAGAGUGAUGAGCUGAAGUCCCGCCGUGUGGACUUCGAGACUUUCCUGCCCAUGCUCCAGGCAGUGUCCAAGCCCCGGGACCAAGGCACAUACCAAGACUACCUGGAGGGGCUUCGUGUGUUUGACAAAGAAGGGGACGGCAAAGUCAUGGGAGCGGAGCUCAGACAUGUCCUCACCACCCUGGGAGAGAGGAUGACUGAAGAGGAGGUGGAGGCUGUUCUGGCAGGACAUGAGGACAGCAACGGCUGCAUCAACUAUGAAGCCUUCCUGAAGCACAUCCUAAGCGUCUGAGCUCUACAGAUGCUGUGGGCCGGACACCCGGCUCCCCCGCAGGCGGAAGCACGUUCCUGCCACUAGGAGGCCACCUAUUGUUUCAAAAUAAAGACACGGUUCCUCCCUUGG